CGGAGCUGCACGCCCCCGCUGCAGUCUGAUUGGCGGAUCCGCCUCUCUUUGGAAGGUCGGCGCCCAGUUCUGGCACUCGUGCGCUUACCGGACAGUGGCGGAGGACGGCGCUCGCUAGUCGCCCAGGUCGCCGUACACGGCGAGAACGGGCGGGGCGGCCUCGGCUGCGUCUGGGCGAUCCAGUGCCUAGUUCCGCCAUAUCCCUCUCCACGACCUCGGUCGAGCAUGUUCACCAGGGCCCAGGUGAGACGGAUUCUGCAGCGGGUGCCCGGGAAGCAGCGAUUUGGCAUCUACCGGUUCCUGCCCUUCUUUUUUGUCCUGGGAGGAACGAUGGAGUGGAUCAUGAUUAAAGUGCGCGUGGGCCAGGAGACCUUCUAUGAUGUCUACCGUAGAAAAGCCUCAGAAAGACAGUAUCAGAGAAGGCUGGAAGAUGAAUGAGAUUGAACUUCAGCAGUCAAUAAAGUCAAUGCGAAUUUUUA